UUUCGUACGUAAUAAUAAUCGUUCAACACGCUGCGAAUAAUGUUUCCAGAUCGCUGAAUUUCCUAGUCGUAGUACUGGUUGUCUAACUUGGUUGGACAAUUUAUAGGUUAGUUUGUCAAACGCGAUCGUUACGUCGUCAAAAAGACAUUUCAAAGAUAAGUAACGGUGGACGACGCGAUGGGGAUUCAGUCGAUAAUCGUGCUGGUGAUAGGGACUGCAAUGGCAGUGAAAUGCAGCGACAUUACUCCUGCGGUGUUCGGAAACGUAUUGGACGGUAUGCCAGCCGCUUUCGGUGACUUCAAUUCCGACGAAUUGACCGACGUAUUUAUGUUGCGUGAAAACGGUAUGAGGGUUGAGAUCUUCCUUGCCGCCGAGCAGGAGCCUCAUUUGAGACCCAGCUCUGACUUGAGUUGCACCUUUCGUCAUCUCGUCGUCGGCGUAGUACCAGGAGAUUUCGAUGGAGACGUAUUCAUGGACGUGCUGGUGAUCACGUACAACAAAGAAAAGAAAUUGUCAUACGGAUACGUAUUGUGGGGUGGAAAAGGUCGGUUAAAUUGCACGAACGAACCACUGAUAAAGAUGACGGGUCAACCAUUGGCUCUCGACUAUAACGGCGAUAUGAUAAUAGAUCUGUUCGGCUUGGACGAAUAUAAAAAAAGGACGUUCUGGAUAUUCGACGAUAGUAGAAAACCUCCGAGAUCCGUGCCAAUGAAGGAACCGUUAGAUCUGUUGCUACCUCUGUCACCGAUCAGUCAACCCCAUUCGAACGCUUAUCUAGACCUGAACAACGAUUUCUUGGCCGAUCUGGUGGUCACUACGAACAAAAAUUUUGAAAUUUGGCUGGGAGUCGAGCAGGGAUUCGAAUUUCACGAACUGAUAUCGUUUCCCUAUGGAAUUUCAGAGAGUUUCAACGGUAUUCUCGGACAAACGCUCUAUCUGGACGUCGAACUAACCGGCAAAAUGGAUUUGCUUUUGCCUCUCUGUUUCGAUAACGCGUGUACCAACAGCACCAUCAUGAUGUACUCCUCCGACACAUGGUAUAAUCUCGAAGUGAACUUCAGGGACGGAGACAAUGUACUGUGGGGCUUCGUGACGCCUAACGGGCAACGAUACACCGACACCAUUACUCUUCGCGGCGGUGACUUCAAUAUGGACGGUUAUCCAGACUUGCUGGCUACGCUCAAAUCGACUAGCGGCAAACAGACGCGAUCCUAUUUGCUAGAGAACGUUGCGUGCGAUUCGUGUAACGCGUUCGCUCGAAAAUUCCAAGUGAAGUGGCAGGCGUUAAAUCCGUUCCACAACGAAACCGCGAUGGCGGUGUUCUACGACUUCUAUCAAGAUGGCAUUUUGGACGUGAUUUUAGUUGAAGUGGACAAAAGUAGCAACAGCUACCGUACAGCGGCGUUCAAAAACAGUUUGGACUACGACGCUAACUUUGUCAAAGUGAUGGUACUCACGGGCCGCAACAAUAGCAUGUAUCCAAUUUCCCCGGGUUCGCUCGGCAAGAAAAAGAGAACUUACGGGACGAAUCUUCCCGGUCCGUCGAUAGCGUAUCGGACUACCACUCAAGACGGUAGCCCGCGUAACGCGAUCGCGGCUCAAUUACCGCAAAGCGCACACUUCUCCUUGAAUUUACCAUACACGAUCUUUGGUCUGGGUAGAACACCCAACUUUGUCGACGCUCUCACUAUCGGGGUCGGCGGAAAAUCUCGGGAAUGGCCGCAAAUCAUCCCCAACUCGCAGAUGGUGAUGAUUCCGAAUCCGAUAGCAGAACCCUGGCGAUGGAAAGCCCAGCUAUUAGUAACUCCCAGUAAAUUAAUUUUGUUGAGCGCCGCCGCGUUGACCGGCACCUGCGGUUUGAUAUCUUUUAUCAUCAUCGCUCUUUAUUGGAAAGAGCGAAGGGAAGAUAAGAUCGAGAAGCUUCAAGAAGCGCACAGAUUUCCCUUCGACGCGAUGUAAAGGUUCGAUCAAGAGACCGUGUAAGAUAUCUUUAAGAAAUGUAUUUAAUAUAUCUGUAAAUUAUUUCGUAAUCGAUAAAUAAAUAGACAAAAUUAA